AUGAAGGCCAACUCAGUCAAGACCCCAACCGGAGUCCUCGACGAGUCGUCGAUUAGUACUAUCGAAACACUGGUUCACGAUGACACCAGCAUCCGUUUAGCCAGCCCGACGAAGGACGAGCAGCCACAGCAGAAGACUGCAACUCAACCAGCAGAGCCCUACACUACCCACAAGGGCACCUAUCGCCACGCACUGUACCUCAUAGUCGGCCUCGCAACCAUGACCUCCUCCUCCACCGCCACUAUCCUCCUCCCCCUCCUGCCUCAAAUGCGCACUCAAUUCUACGUCUCAGCCCAAGCCAUUAACCUCGUCCUGAUCAUCUACGUCAUCUUCCAAGCCAUUUCCCCCGCAAUCUUCGGCCGCCUUUCCGGCCAUGCUGGCCGAAGGCCUGUGUUUCUCAUCGUUUUGGGUCUUUACGUCGCGGGGAGCAUCGGGAGGAGGGAAGCGAGGAUAUGCGGCGUUUGCGGUUAUGAGGGCGGUACAGAGGAGGGCAGUGCCACGUUCGCGAUUGCAUUUGGGGUUGUGGUGGAUUUGUGUGUUCCGGGCGACAGGGGGAGCAUGUUGGGGCCUGUAGACAUCGCGCUUAAUCUGGGGACUUGCGUGGGACCAGUUGUCGGGGGGUAUGGGAAGGUGAAGUGGGCGUUUUGGGCUAUUGCAAUUGUAGGAGCGGUGUUGUUGCUGGGGGUUGGGUCGUUCUUGCCCGAGACGGCGAGGACGCUUUUCGGGAAUGGGGCGGAGAGGGAGGUUCGGGUGGUGGCAGAAGAGCUGUGGCAAACGGGCUUGUCCUAUCUGCCACGAGGCGUCGGCAUCAUCACCGGAAGUUGGUUUACGGGCAAGAUCAUGAACUACAAUUACCGCGUGACAGCUCGCAAAGCCGGUUUGACUGUCGACAAAGUCGCUGGAUAUGAUCUGCUUCGCUUUCCCAUUGAGAGAGCCAGAACGAGAGGGAGUUAUCUAGUACUGGCAGUGGCGAUCGCGACCAUGAUCCCCUACGGUUGGGCGGUCGAGCAUGGAGCCCACCCGGCUGUUUCUCUGGUUCUGCAGUUCAUGCAAAGGUUUUGGGGGACUUACUUCUACAAGACGUACAGUGCACUAAUAGCUGACGUUGUCCCUCACAGUCCGAGUACUGCAGCUGCAACUACGAGUAUCACGAGAUGCGCCAUGGCAGCUACGGGACUUGCUCUGUUGCAGCUGUUGCUCGACGUCAUGGGGAGGGGGUUGUUCUUCACGAUUCUAGGGGUAUGGUGCCGUGGGCUGGGUGCUGGUGACAUCUGGCUGUUACAAUGGCGAGAGAUGAUGUGGAGGACGGAGAGGAGUCGUGUGGACUGGUAUAUAGAGAUCCCAGAUCGUGUUACGUCCAAGUCUAGUUGGGGGCAAUCAAAUAUACUUCCACUUCAUCAAACAAGAUGUUGA